AUGCCUCGCACCAACAAUAGUAACAACAUUGUUCGCGCUGCGGCGGUGUCCCGGACAGCCUCGUCCGGUUCCUUUCACGCAGGCGCUCCCAUUCCCACUUUGGGAAAUAUCGAGUCCAGCCGGAGAACCACGAUGCGACGCCAGUCUACUCAUCGAUAUCACACCUUUCCGACACCACCUCCCAAGACACCCCGCGAGCAGUCCUCGGCAGACCUAUUCCCACAUUCCGAUGACGACUCCGACGCUGCAGACGACGAACACCGGCAGACUCCUCUGCCGGUCAAGCAGCUUGCUCUGCUUGCCUUUCUGUCCCUGAGCGAGCAGACGGCACUGAACUCCAUCGGUCCUUACCUGCCUCAGAUGGUCGAGUCCUUCUCCGACAUACCAGAUUCUCAGACGGGGCUAUACGUUGGCAUUCUUGCCUCAGCGUUCGCGCUGGCUCAGCUGUCGACGAAUUUGUUGUGGGGUUACCUAUCAGACGUCGUGGGUAGAAAACCAACCAUGGUACUGGGCACCUUCAUGCUGGCAGGCUGUUUCGUCGGCUUCGGGUUCUGCAGGACCUACUGGCAAAUUGUAGUCGUUCAUGUGGCAAUGGGUAUGCUCAAUGGCAACGCUGCCGUGGUUCCCACCGUUCUGGGCGAAGUGACGGACCGUUCGAACCAAAGCCGGGCCUUCACAUGGCUUCCCGUCAUUUACUCCUUGGGCGGCAUUACCGGUCCGGCGCUGGGCGGGUUGCUGGUUGGUACCAUGGGAAAACGGUACCCAUACCUCGCGCCCAACCUGCUGAGCGCAGGGCUGUUGUUCAUCAGCGUGAUCAUUGUCGCAAUCUGGUUCGAGGAGACGCUGGAGACGCUGGAGCGUGACCACGCAGCUUGGAUUCCUGCCUGGGCGCGGAAAGCUUGGUCCUGGGUUUCGCGAGGAACGGAACCGCGCAGGAAUUCCUGGGCCACGCGCUGGCCUCGCCGCGGAUCACAAGCCGUGGCCAGCACUGAUGACGACGAAGAAGACGAUGAGGAUGAAGCAGGCGAGGACCAAGGGUUGCUUCAGCAUGCGUCCGAGGACGAUGCUCAUGCUGACGACGACACCAAGCUCCCCGGUGAUCUGUUGACAUGGCGUCAACUUUUGAAUCGCAAUACCGUCCUUGUACUGUUGACAUACCUAGUCUUUCAGCUAUCCAAUAUCUCCUAUAACAGCUUGUACCCAAUCUUCGCCGACGCCAACCCUCCAACAGGCCGAGGUCUUCCACCAAGCAAGAUUGGCAUCAGUCUCAGUCUGGCCGGAGUGGCCACCAUUGUUUUCCAGGCCUUCCUUUUUCAGCACUUAAAGACGCGGCUGGGAAACUUAGGCACCUACCGCAUUGCCUUACUGGGACUGGCGAUUAGCAUGGCCCUGAUGCCGUGGAUUCCCUACCUGGACGAUGAGCCACUAUUUGGCGUUGGCAGUGGUUCCACCUGGCUGUACGCGGAAUUGGGCGUUAUCCUCGUGAUUAAGAACAUCUGCGCCGUCGGCGGCCUGUCUAGUGUCAUGCUCUUGAUCACAAACUGUGCACCGAAUCAUGCUACGUUGGGAACCUUGAACGGCAUCGCUCAGACGCUAUCCGCCGCUGGCCGCAGCUUUGGGCCGUUCGUCUCUGGCGCCCUCUUCACGCUCUCCACGCGUGUCCAUCCCAAAGGCGAGGCCCUGGCCUGGGGGAUUUUUGGCGGCAUUGCCCUCCUGGGCUGGAUUGGAUCUCUCGCCAUCCGCAACCGCGGACUCGAGAGCGACGACUGGGUUGGCGAGGAAGACGGCACUGACGGAGAGACUGAGCCAUGA